ACUCAACACGCUUCUGCUUGCUUCACAAGAUUCUUCACUGGACCUCAAAUCCAAAUACUCUGGUUGCCCACGACGUCUCUCACAUCUUCAGGAUCUUGCCAAUCAGUCAAUCCACCGAUGGUUCUCACGCCUUAGAGGCACGAUUCAAUUUCUUCGAUGCUGCCCAUGGUCACGACCAUGAACAUCACAAUCCUAGCAAAGCCUUUUCAAACGAUAGCUGAUACGAUUGUCCAUGGCUGUACCUGCUGCAGCGACCUAAACUACCCCGAGAGGUAUACACCCCAACCCUCCCGCUCAGUGUCUCCGUAUCCUACAGGCGUCCGCAGUACGCAGCCAUCAUUCAACGCUGCCAAUGUUAUGAGGCAAAUCAACCCCCCGCGCCGUCGUGAUACGGAUCCAGACUAUGAACUACCAGCAUAUGAUUCUUCGGAGUUCAAGCCUUCCGCCUCGGAUGAGGAAAGACUGAUCGAUCACGACCUACGGGCGGUCAGGGAACUGUUACAGAGCAAUCACGAGGAAUUGAUGUUAGCCAAUGGAGGUGGGGAUGGUUCAUUCACUGGAGACGGUGUCAUGCUGCCACCACCGGCUUACAAGUUGCCAAGUCGAGCUCCAACUUAUAGGAGCAUGAGGAACAGCAGUAUCAGGAGUAUUGCAGGGAGGUAUUCGAGGUUAGGACGGGCGGAGGAGCAGGGAACUGCUCAGGAGACUGUUGUUGAGGUUGCUGAAGAGGGAUUCGAAGCCCAAGAUUUACGAUGAGAAAACCAUGCGUACAGGAAGCACCUCGUAUGACCUACUUAACUCCGGUCCAUUGAGGUGAUAUGCUAUGAUAAAGCGGUCCUUCCAUAUGCAUCCUCCAAC